GGCGUGUGACAGCGUGCCGGGUGUGCCUUGAGAAACCCACAGCAGAACAGUAAAUCCAGUCUGGCCACCACGUUAACGUUUUAGUGGAAUUUAGCCUACAUUUUGCUCAACGUUACCCUCAGUUGCUAGUUAAAGGGGGUUUAAUUAAUAGCAGGCUAUUUGAGAGGAUAAGUUUGUAAUUUACCUGCCCGACUGCGGAAAAAAGAGAACGCCCAGCUGCACAGCAUCUCUCAAAUCGAGGUGAGGUGUGCGCUCUCUCUCUCGGACGGAUGCCGAGGCACCGCUGCCGUAGUGGAUGAGAACCAGUCGACCAGAAACGUUUGACAUCUCUGUCGGAGCCCCAAACAGACAAGUCUACCUCCCACUUGAUGACAGACGACAUUUAAGACAGACAGGGAUCCCCAACCAAUGGUGUAGAUGAGGAUGAUGAAGGUACAUAGGGAAGGCUGUGUGGGGAGGAAGAGCAGCGCCUGACUCUCCUCCACUUUCAUCCACUCUGAGCCGUACCGUCUAAUUGGGUGGACGGAGCACAAUGUCAGCCCCGCAUCCCAAGAAGACGCGCGGGAAGGAGAGGACUGAGGUCAUGGGUGACUUUGCGCAGACAGCCAAUGAGGAGUUUCGGAACAAGCUGAUGGACCUCCAGAUAGAAAUGCAGCAGGAGAAGGGCAAGGUCUCUAAGCUGAGAGAGCGUCUCCAGGAGCAGAGGCAAGCCAGGGAACUAGAACAACACAAACACACAGUGGUCCUCACCGACCUCCGUGCCAAACUGCACGAGGAGAAGCUCCGCGAGCUGGCCGCCGCCCGCGAGGCGUUGGCACGUCAACACGAGUUGGAGCUGGCGCGUACCAUUAAGAUCCGCGACGGGGAAGUGCACCGGCUGCAGGGGCUGGUCCACGCACUGAGGGACGGUGCUGCGGACAAGCUGAAGAGUGCCCUGCUAGGGGAGGCCCGGGAGGAGGCCAGGAGGGCCUUCGAUGGGGAGAGACUCAGACUACAGCAGGAGGUCCUGAAGCAGGAGACAGCACGGAAGCAGGUUGAGGAGGCUCUGUCUAACACGCUGCAGGCAGACAAGGCCAAAGCAGCCGACCUCCGAACAGCCUACCAGCAGCACCAGGAUGAGAUCAAUCGCAUCAAGAGAGACUGCGAGAGAGACAUCCGCCGGGUGAUGGAUGAGCUGAAGGGGAAGGACCGUGUGGUGUCAGCGUUGGAGAGGGAGCUGGGGGUGCAGGCUGGUUAUGCCCAGAAGCUCCAGCUGCAGAAGGAGGCUCUGGAUGAGCAGCUGGGUCAUGUCAGGGAGGCAGAGAGGCAUCACAGCAGCCCCAAGAGAGAGGUGGUCCCUGCCCUGGGGGACACCUCUGACUACCUCAACAACCAGGAUGUGGAAGAUAUUCGGGAUGCGAGGAGGUCCCAGCUGAAGAUAGCUGAGCUCCACUCUGUUACCAGGAAGCUGGAGGACAGAAACACCCUGCUGGCAGAUGAGAGGAAUGAACUGUUAAAGCGGGUGCGUGAGUCAGAGAGUCAGAUGAAGCCACUCUUAGAUAAAUAUAAGAGGAUGUCGAAGAAGAACAAUGAUCUCCUUCAGACUCUGCAGCGCAUGGAGGAGAAACUCAAGAACCUCAGCAGAGAGAACGCAGAGAUGAAGGAGAAUGUUCGCACUCGUUCCCAGCAGCCUCACCCCCAGCAGCUGAAGAGGCCUACCUCACUGACAGACCUAAGUCAGGCCCACGAGGAACAGGAAGUAGAGUUCCUUAAGCUGCAGGUUGCCGAGCAACAAGGCAUCAUUGAUGAGCUCACGCAGGAAUGUGACAGACUGAUGCUCUGCAAAAAGACCCGGAGGAAACCCCUCAAGCUACCACCUAAAAGGCAUGUUGUGGAGACAUAUUUUGGAUUUGAUGAGGAGUCUGUGGACUCUGAGACGUCGUCUCUGACCUCUUACAACACUGACCUCACAGACUGCACCCCUGCCACGCCCGAGGAGGACCUGGAGGACGGUGUCUCUCGUGAAGAGUCAGAGCUGCGCUUCAGACAACUGACCAGAGAGUACCAGGCUCUCCAGCGGGCCUACGCCCUCCUACAGGAACAGACUGGGGGGUCACACGAUGCUGAGAGAGUGGCCAGGAACCGUGAGCAGCUGCAGGCGGAUCUGAUUGGGUGCCAGGCGAAGAUCGCCGACCUGGAGAAGGCAUUGGCUGAGAGGGGGCAGGACUCUAAGUGGGUGGAGGAGAAGCAGUACCUCAUCAGGACCAAUCAGGAACUCCACGACAAGAUGUGUGUGUUACAGCAAGCUGAGUGGAAGCUGCAGGCGGCGGUACAGGACUCGAGGGACCAGAAUGAGCUGCUGGAGUUCAGAGUGCUAGAGCUGGAAGUAAGAGAGUGCACCAUCAAACUGUCCCCAGGGGGCGACACCGGUCUCCAGUCCCCACGCAAGACCUACAUACAGUGACCAAAACACACACACACACACACACACACACACACACACACACACAAGCGUGCUCAUAGCAGUGGAGGCUGGUGGGAGGAGCUAUAGGAGGAUGGGCUCAUUGGAAUGGAAUAUAUGGAAUGGUAUCAAACACACACAAAAAAAACCAUGUUGGAUUCUGUUACAUAAAUUCCAUUCCAGCCAUUACAGUGAACGCAUCCUCCUAUAGAUCCUCCCAACAGCCCCCUGUGGCGCUUAGUACAGAGUACAUGCGAGCACACAAACAUACCCAAUACUGUGCCUCGACCCAUUGUAUGUACCUUGUAUUCUGACCGCCUUACCAUCCCCACUGAACUGGAAAAGUGUAUUUUUUUCAAAUUGAAAGAUGUACAAGAAUGUUGUCUUUAGCAAGAUGAAUAUAAUUUUGAAUGGAAUAAAAUGUGUUCAAGUUCACCAUCCGCC